GCGGUGGAGUCAGUCACGACGCUAGGCUCUCACAGGUCGUUAGCUCAGGAGACGCAAUGUGUUCGAGGAUACCUUCCGUCAAACCAGACCCUCGAUCUUUGACUCUGCUGCUUCGUCUUGGGAGCAACACUGAGGGCUCGGGACUCACCGGCGCCGCUCGUUGGGCAGCCCGCCCCGACAUGAGGACACAGCGAACACCGCUGACAGCUGUCGCCAGAUCUUACUGCACCAGGAAACCGACCAACAACAAACCGCUCUUUAGACAGCUUUUUGAAUCAGCGAGCAGCACCUACACCUAUUUGGUGGCUGACCCUGACACCAAGGAGGCAGUUCUCAUCGACUCCGUGCUGGAAACGCUCAGUAGAGAUGUGAAACUUAUCAAGCAACUCGGCCUUCGUCUGAAAGUGGCAGUGAACACCCACUGCCAUGCAGACCACAUCACCAGCACUGGGCGAAUGAAGAAACAUCUGCCUGGGUUGAAAAGUGCCAUCUCCAAAUUCAGUGGUGCAAGUGCAGACAUUUUACUUUCAGAGGGAGACAAGAUCGCCUUUGGCAAACAUCAUUUGUCGGUGUGGGAAACACCAGGACACACAGAUGGUUGUCUGACGUUUGUACUGGGGGAUAAGAGCAUGGCAUUCACCGGAGAUGCCUUGCUCAUCAGGGGCUGCGGCAGGACGGACUUUCAACAAGGCUGCCCUGCAACACUUCACAACUCUGUUCAUCAGAAAAUCUUCUCACUGCCUGACCUGUGCCGCGUCUACCCUGCACAUGACUAUGAAGGUCAAACGGUGUCUACUGUUGGUGAGGAGCGCAAGUUCAAUCCACGCUUCACUAAGAGCCGGGAGGAGUUUGUCGACAUCAUGAAUAAUCUAAAUCUUCCGAAGCCAGAAAAGAUUGAUAUUGCUGUGCCUGCUAAUCUCGCCUGUGGAGUGCAUGGAUUAUAAAUUGGCGUCUGUGCAACAAAAAAAAAAAAAAAGAAAGAAAGAAAGAAAACACACUUUAUUGAGCAAUAUAUUGUCAUUUGUUUGGCAUGUCAGAAAAGAUGCAGCUGGUUUCUGCCGAUAUUCAC